AUGACUUCAGCAGUCACGUCUUUCAAUGGUCGCCUGGCUUUGGUGACGGGGGGCGCUAGCGGCAUUGGCGAAGCGGUCUGCCGUGCUCUGGCUGCCGAAGGUGCCACUGUGGUGAUUGUCGACAAGCAGUUGGAGGGCGCUAGGAGAGUGGCCCAGUCUUUGCCAGGCGAGGCCGAGCAUCACGCAAUGUACGCAGACGUCGGCAACUCGUCCUCGGUGGAGCACCUGUUCGCGGACAUCAGGAGCAAGUUCUCGCAACCGCUGAGUAUAGUCGUCAACUGCGCCGGCAUCUGCUUAUCGGCGCCUCUCCCCGACUGCAGCGACGAACUGUUCGACGAAGUCAUCAGGGUGAACCUUAGGGGCACCUUUCUGGUGAAUCGGGGAGCCAGCCGCGACAUGCUGCGCUCCGGCAUACCGCUGCCCGAAGGCGGAGGGGCCAUCAUGAACGUGGCCAGCGUCAUGGCCAACUGCGGCUGGUUACACAACUCUGCGUACGCCGCCUCCAAGGCCGGGGUCGUGGCUCUCACCAAGUCCGCGGCGCAAGAAUUAGCGUCCCACGGUAUUCGUUGCAACGCCGUGCUGCCCGGCACGACAGACACGCCUAUGUCAGCCAGCGCUGGCGAAAGCAUCUUGGCCAUGGCCGUUGACAGGAUACCACUCAAGAGGAUCGCUCAACCGUUGGAGAUAGCACAGGCCGUCAAAUUCCUCUGUUCAUCGACUGCUAGUUCCUUUGUUACCGGCACAACGCUCGAGGUCACUGGAGGUUUCGCCAUGUGA